AUGAAUACCCCUCCUCGAUCUAUCCUCAUCGUCGGUUCCGGCGUGUAUGCUCUAUCCACGGCCUGGGCGCUGACCAAGAGGCCGUCUUAUGAUAAGACCACCAUCACCAUAGUAGACGAUGUACGUGGAGGCACUUUCCCACCAGGAGAUGCUGCUAGCGUAGACUCAUCGAGAAUCAUCCGAGCCGAUUAUGCAGACCCAGAUUACGCUGAGCUGGCGGCCCUCGCGCAAGAGGAGUGGCGCAAGCAGGGCGAUGAUGAACUCGGUGGUCAAGGACGAUAUAACGAGUCUGGAUUGUUCCUCGCAGCGAAUGAAUCGACGGAGCCAAAGAUGUCGGGCAUGGGAUAUACCAAAUCCAGCUGGGAGAACGCAAUGAAUAUUGCCAAGAAGAGCGGGUUGGCCCAUAAAGUUCGACAUAUGGAAACUGCCAAAGCUCUGCAAGACUUCUUAGGCGUUGAAGGCCAUCCUGGUGAUUGGGGGUAUGUGAACGGGCUCUCGGGAUGGGCAAAUGCCGGCGAAGGCAUGAGAUGGAUGCAUGGCCAGGUCGAAGCCACAGGCAGAGUCAAGUUUGUGGAUGGACGAGUAGAGGAACUCGUUACCGAGGGCAAGAGAGUUGUUGGCGCACGGCUGGGCGACAGUCAAGUCGUGACGGCAGAGGUUGUCUUUGUUGCUGCAGGCGCAUGGACUGGCAGCUUGAUUGACUUGAGAGGACGAGUAGAGGCCACCGCACAGCCCUUGGGCUAUAUCGAUGUCUCACAGGAGGAAUUUGAAGUGUUGGCCAAGCAGCCUGUGGCACUGAACCUCAGCACCGGCUUCUUCAUCAUUCCACCGCAGACUCGCGUUUUGAAAGUUGCGAGACAUUCGUUUGGAUACCUCAACCCAGUGCUGGUCGAAAGGGCGCUACCGCCUUCGCCCUCGGAAGAGCGCAAGCCAAUCGUGGUGUCGAGGCCGCUAACAAAGCGUGAAGGGGGAAGCAGUAGCGCCAACGUGCUGCCACCGGAUGCGGAUCAGGCACUGCGCCAGGCCCUGAGAGACCUGUCGCCCAUCAAAGGCCUCGAAGACCGGCCGUGGAAGGAAACGAGACUAUGCUGGUACUCGGACACCAGCGACGGCGACUUCCUGGCGGACUGGCAUCCGGGCUGGGAAGGGCUGUUUGUGGCGACAGGCGACAGCGGGCAUGGAUACAAGUUCUUGCCGGUGCUGGGCGAGAAGCUGCUGGACUGCAUGGCAGGGAAAGGCGGAAGGCUUGGCGAGAAGUGGAAGUGGAAGAAGGAGGCAGCAGAGGACGCGGGCAGAGAAAUUGACGGGAGGUUCAAGGGGCUGGUGACGAUGGACGGGAGCAGGGGAGGAAGUCCAGGGUUGAUAUUGCGAGAGGAAUUAAGUAAGGGUAGAUGA